UUCCCCCAUAAUCAAUGAUCCACGCGCCUAUAUAAAUACUCUCAAUACCCAAUUUCUCUAACCAUUCAACUUUUCUUCAACCUUUUCCCUCUGUUUUCUCUCCUUUUUCCUCUCUUUCUCUUCUCUUUCGCACUGAAAAAAAUGGUCAAAUCCACGGCGCUUUCUUGGACCCGAAGUAAUUCUCCCAUCGGGAAAGGCUCCUUUGGAACCGUCUCUCUCGGUAUUGGAAAACCCCACGCUCGGAUUUUUGCGGUCAAGUCUGUGGAGCAGAGUCAUGGAUUCCGCCCACAAAUUGAGUGUUUAGAGAAUGAAAUUCGAAUUCUCCGAUCGUUGAACUCGCCUUACGUUGUUCGGUUUCUCGGCGAUGAUGUUUCCGAUGAAUCUCCCACGACUUCGUUUCGUAACCUGCAUAUGGAGUAUUUGCCAGGUGGCACUGUAGCAGAUGACCCCACUGGCACUGGCAAUGAGAAGCUUUUACGGGAGAGGACAUGGUGCCUCGUUUCGGCUUUGAGUUACAUUCAUUCCAAAGGAAUUGUUCAUUGUGAUGUUAAAGGGAGGAACAUUUUGGUCGGAUUGAAUCCCGGGUUUGUGAAAUUGGCUGAUUUCGGCUCUGCAAUUGAACUUCACGGCGCCGGCGAAAGGUCUCGGGGUUCGGUUGCGCCACGUGGGAGUCCUCUAUGGAUGGCGCCAGAGGUGGUCCGCGGAGAAUUUCAGGGGCCGGAAUCGGACGUUUGGUCCGUUGGGUGCACGGUCAUUGAAAUGGUCACCGGGAAACCGGCAUGGGAUGAUUUCGGAGCCGAUACGCUGAGUCGAAUCGGCUUUUCCGACGAUUUGCCAGAGUUUCCAACAUGGUUAUCGGAAGUCUGCCGGGAUUUUCUCCGGAAGUGUCUCAGAAGAAAUCCUAGUGAACGGUGGAGCUGUGAUCGGCUGCUGCAGCAUCCAUUUCUAGCGGCGGCGGAGGCCUCGCCGGAGAUUGCUGUAGAGAAUUCUCCCAGGUGCGUUCUUGACUGGGUCAACAGCAGUUUCUCCGACGACGAGGAGGAAAUUCCAAACGCCGACGAACCCUCCGGAUCCGGCGGCCAGGAAAAUGAGAUAUAUGGUAAGGAAAGAAUUGGGAAAUUGAGUACGAGUGAAUGGCCGAAUUGGGAAUCGGACGGUUGGUCGGCGGUGAGAAGUUGUUGCAGUGAAGCGGCGGGGGAGACGGAGGAGAGCUGCCGGAAAGAAGAAGAAGAAGAAGAAGAAGAAGAAGGGGCAGAAUGGGAAUGUGGGAAUUGGAGAAGGGUAGAAGGGGAAAUGGAAGGGACAAGUUCGGAAUAUUCGGAGUUUGUAAGAAGAGACAAUCACGGAAAAUUGGACGCCCAAUAUUCAAAUCCUGGCGGUAUCACAAUUCCGGAGCGGCCACGUAAUAAUUACGGCCGCGGUGACGGUUGCGGUGACGGUGGCGGUAGCGGUGGAUUAAGUUUCCGGCGGUUGGGGUAUGAAAGAUGUGAAAUUACAACAAUAACUUCGUGGAUAUACUCAAUUGAAUUGAUAUUAUGUUGUUAUUUUUGGCAUAUAUUAAUGAAGCAAUUGGUGUUAUUCGGGAAUUACACUUUGUUACCUUUCUUUUGUGCCUAAAAAUUUGCCUUCAAAUUAGAUAAAAAUCUUCAAAAUCAAAUAACAAAUCACUUUAAU